AGCCAGGCAAAGCAAGCAAGCAAGCAAGCAAGCAAGACGUCUGCUUGGAUUUUUCGUUACGUUAUUCCAGUUUACAAUUAUAAUUAUCUAAAAGUGCUUUUUACAAUGCCUUACUGGCUGUAUGAUAAAGAUGAGCUCGUCAACACCCCAUCCACCAAAGAUUCCAUUGACCCUUCGACUGAAGCAAGAUAUCGGAGAGAAGGGGCCCGCUUCAUCAUAGAAGUUGGCACAGAGCUUGGACUCCGUUUUGACACCAUGGCUUCUGGUGUUGUUUACUAUCAUCGGUUUUACAUGAUUCAUUCUUUUAAGGAGUUCCCUAGAUUUGUUACAGGAGCGGCAUGCUUGUUUCUGGCUGGUAAAGUUGAAGAAACUCCAAAGAAAUGUAAGGACAUAAUACGAGUAGCUCGUAUUCAGAUACCGGAUGCUCACUGGACGUUCUUUGGUGAUGAUCCUAGGGAAGAGAUUAUGACGUAUGAGAGAAUCCUGUUACAAACUUUAAAGUUUGAUCUCCAAAUUGAGCAUCCAUAUUCGUACCUUCUGAAGCAUGCAAAGUCAUUCAAAGGCGAGAAAGACAAGAUUCAGAAACUUGUGCAGAUGGCCUGGACAUUUGUCAAUGACAGUUUGUGCACCACACUAUGUCUGGAAUGGGAGCCUGAUAUCAUAUCCAUUGCUUUCCUGUACCUGGCUGGGCGAUUAUCGAAAAGUGAUCUCCUGGAUUGGACGUGUAAGAAUUCCAGGAUAAAAUGGUGGGAAAACCUGAACGAAGAGGUUACUAUUGACAUGUUAGAAGAGAUUUGCCAUCGGUUACUUGAUCUGUAUGCUAGUGGGCAACAAGAGAAGAAAGGUGUGCCCCCUCCCACACCUACAAAGGUUUCAACCAAGCGACACAGAUCGAAAACACCACCAGUUGGAGACGCUGAUCACACACCGCCAAUAACAGAGCCAGUUGCUAAAGUACCAAAACCAGCACCAGUGAUUGAACCAAAACCAACACCUGCCCCAAUUGAAACGCUGACCCCUGCUGCAAGGCCUACGCUAGACCAACCAGACUGGAGUAAGAAACAUGUGCCUCCACCAGUAGUUGCUGCAACAAACGUUGUUCCACCCCAGACCACAACAGCAUCUUAUCCUCCAAUGACUAUACCUCCGGUAUCCAACUAUACAGCUCCGCCCCCUGUGCAACAGCAAUACAACCAUCCAUAUCCUGUUCAAACGGGUGGUAUACAACAGCCUUAUAAUCCAUCAUUCAAAACAGCUCCGCAACAGUACCAACAACCACCGCCUGUAAGCGAUGUUCAGAAUACACAAUAUGGUGGAUAUGGUUCUCAAUAUGGUGGCUAUGCGUCCCAACAACCUCAGCAGCAGCAGCAACCUCAGGCAUACAACCAGCCAAAUACUUACAAUCAGAAUUACCCGAGUCAGCCUACACCCUCUGCUUCAUACUCUGGCCCACCACCGGUCCAGCGACCUCCAGUUCAACGUCCGCCAGUGACCAAUAUGAGUGGACCCCCUCCAAACAUGAAUGUCCCUCCACCAGCCCCAGGUGCUCAAAAUGUACACAGGCAUGGUAGCAUGAAUAUGCAUACAGCGAACAUGAGCGUCCCGCCCCCUCCGCUGAGGAAUGCACCCCCUACAAACAUGAAUGUUCCUCAUCAGAUGGGAGGUCCGACUCACAGGCAACCAACCGUACCUACAAAACCUCCCCCAAACUACGGAGCAUUUCCCCCAGCACAAGAUAAUAAGCCAAUGGACUACCCGCCGCAAUCACAGUACGGCAACUACAAUCAACCACAUCCGUCCAUGCAACAUCAAAUGAAUACUGCUGUUAGGCCACCACCCCUUCCACAAAAUAUGAACCCAAGGCCUUCAGUGGGACUACCAACCAUCAGAAUUACUGGCAGACCUGGGCACAUGCGAUGAAAAGUUGAUGAUAUCAGGCACUGAUUCAUUGCAACACAGGAUCACAAUUAAUGGGCUAACAUCCUUGACAUGAAGUCCUGGAGUUAAGGGAACAUGUCAGAUCUUAUCGAGUCUGACGUGAUUAGCCCCCUAUAAGGCAAGUCAUAGUGAUCUAUGAUAAAGGUAAAAUUAGGCUAAUGUACCAGAUAGCCAUCCACUUGUACUCUGCAUUCUAUACCCUUUUAAAUUGUAGUAGAUGUAUUAUAGUGAAAGGGUAUUUUUGGUCAGUAGGUAUUAGGCAACACAAACGUAUUUCUGACCUACUUAUGUAAUUUAAUGAAACAAUUUAACCAGCUGUGAAACAACAUUUGUGGCCUAAAAGGUUUACUGCUGCACACUGAACUUUUUUGUCUUUAUGCAUUAGAGAUUACACAGUGAAAAUGUUAUUGGCCUGGGAACAAAAAUACAUAAUUAUUAAUGUAUGGUUCAAAAACUCUAUUACUUAACUAAUAAAAUAGAAUUAUCUACUGUAUUGUGCUAUUAUUUUUAUAGCCUUUGAGAUUAAAGUAAGGCGCACACUGCAUCGUUAUCAUACAACUGUUUACUGACGAAACCAUCUGAGCUCUUGAGGAGGUGAUGCCGUCUGCUGAUUGUCCAUGGCAAACCAAGUUGAUUGUCAGUAAUCACAAUCUGCAUUCUCAUGGAAUCGUGUGUGCACAGUGUACCCAGCUUAAUAGGCUGCCAUACCGCAAAUGCUUGAAUAAGCGCUGCGGUGUUUUGUCGAGAGUAUGUGACAAAGACAAGAUUUAAAAGAUUAUGACAUUCCAGCAUGUUUUGGCCAUUAUCUCUGAAACAGGAUUUGCGAUGAGUGACUGGUUUGGCUUGUCUUUGCCACAUAUAUUACCGUGUGUAAAUGAAACAUCUGAGAAACAGGGUUUUAAAUACAAUGUAUAGUGUUAAAAUGAAUAAAUAACACAAGCAUUUCUUUAUAAACGUUUAUUUACAAUGACAUAGGACCUAUGAUAGGCCUACCAAACUACGGGAAUAAUGUACGCGAGAUAGGCAAUAUGGGAACGGACAUGGAAAGCGCCAUGCUAAUAUUUUUUUAUAAGCGCCGCUCUCGAAUAAGCACGCACCGAAGCCUUUAAAAAUGGUAUAAGUGCCGCAGCACUUAUGUGAGCAUUUACUGUAGUUAAACCAUUGAUAGUCUUGAGUCUUAAAUCAAACUUGAUAAAUAUAAUAAUACUGGGGCGGAUCCAGUAGGGAGCACAUGCCCCCUGUGUUUUACCACUAAAUUUUAAAAUUUCAAGGCAUAUAUUGAAAUUAGCGCUCUCACAUACCUAUUCUGAAUAUGUUGUGCCCCCCGUUUAAAAAAUUCUGGAUCCGUCCCUGGGUAAUACAAGUAUAUGGUGUGCUCUUGUCUACAGCAUUACUAUUAUUUGGUUUAGCAUGCUGAAAUGCUUUGUCUUACUUUCCAAAACCCGCAGACUCUGAAAAUCUGGCAUAUUACUGUAUAGGCCAGUGGUGUCAUGUGUCAUUAAUUUAAAUUGUAUCACAACUUGCAAGAGCUUAGAAGGGGCGGCAAGUUGAUGAUGCAACUAUUUUGAGUCUUUCACUGCAUCUUGUAUGUUACCUAAAUAAAUAAUACUAAUUAAUAAAGAGAGCUACCAGUGACAUCAAA